AUGAAACCCAUUAGCGGGUUGAUUCUUGGCGCCCACCGUCUGUCGAGUCGCUUCUACACGAGCGCCGCCUUUGAACGUCCCGUAUACUUGACCAUCACCGCACUCCUCAUCACCAGCAUCGCCCUCCGUCUCCGAUCGGCGACACGCGACCGACGACAGGACUCCCUCGAGCCCCUGAGCCCGGCAGACGCCAUCACAACCAGCAACGGCAGCAGCGGCAGCGGCGGCGGCAACCGUUGGCGUGAUAUUGUGCGACGAGCCAGGCCCCAAUUCUACACCCUGGUGGCCUGCUUGGUUCUGCGCACUCUCCUCUUCGGACAUGUGCUGUGGACGUCGCAGUGCUCGCGGCACGGCAUCGAGGCCUUGCUCCCCGCCUGCGUCGUCGUCGUCUACUACGUCGCCCCCCACCAGACCGUACGUCUGCCGGGCGCGAAGCCCGGUCUCGACCAUGUCACCCCCAAGGCCCGGGGCCCGCCCCCCUCCAUCGUCGGCUACGUCGUCCUGGCCGCGGCCUGGGCAGUCUCCGUCGGGUCCGCGCUCGACGCGUCGACCAUCCGCACCGGCACCGCGUGCCCUAGCGGAUCCGUCCCGUGGCCGCCGACCCCCCUGCUCCAGCUGGCCAUGUGCGCCCUCGACGCGACCGUCGUCGUCUACCUGUGGCGCGUCGUCCGCCUCGGGACGGCGCAGGGCUACGACGUCUCUCGCUUCCUGAGCACGACGUUUGCCACGGCCGCCGCCGCCACCGCUCUCGUCUCGUCCCUCCCCUUCAUCAGGGAGCCGGAGAUGCUGUACCUGCUCGGGGUCAACCUCGUCGAGGUGCGCCACGUGCUGCUGGACGCCUUCUUCGCCGCAGCCGUCAUCCUGUGCGCCCUGGCGCUGUCCGGCAUGGUGCAGCCGUGGACGUUGAGCUUCAUCGCGUCGGGUCUGGGCCUCGUCGGCUCGCGCAUCCCGGACCUGGGCCUGAACCCGCUGCCUCCGCCGUUGGACGCCGACGCGCUGACCAGGACGUCGUGGGCUCUGGCAGCGCUGUCGGGUGCGCUGGUGUUCAGCUCCAGGCCUCCCGACGACGCGCGGCGGGCAUCCACCUCCGCAUUCGUCCACGGCGGCCUCAGGGUUGCCUACCUGGGACUCGUGACCGUGUGCCUCGUAGCCGCGAAGCUGCGACCGCUGAACGCCGUCGAGACCACCCUCCCGGCCGCGGUCAACGGCCUGUUCCGGGACGCAGCGCACCACGCCGACCGGUGGAUGGAGGACGCGUCCCGCAGCCAGAGCAUGGCCGACGCCGUGGCCGAGUAUCGCAGGCGCUACGGCGUGCUGCCCCCGCCCAACUUCGACAAGUGGUACGACUUCGCGCGCGCCCGCCGCUCGCCCGUCAUCGACACCUUUGACCAGAUCCACUACCCGGACCUCGACGUCGGCGGGCUGCGCAUACGCAGGGGCGUCGUGGAGCAGUCGCCGCACGUCCCCGGGACUCACCGCUGGAUGCUCGACGCCAUGGAGAGCAUGAUCGCGCCCUUCGCCGAGCACCUGCCCGACAUGGACGUCGUCUUCAACCUCGGCGACGAAUGCCGCAUGGCCAUCCCCUUCGCCGACAAGCAGCGGCUCCUCGCCAGAGCGCAGGAGACGCGGGCCGCCAUGGCGCAGGCGCAGGAGACGUCGUGGAGGGACAAGGGCAGGGCCGACUGGCCGACCGAGUGGCCCGCCGUACACGUGUCCAGCAGCGGCGGCAGCGGGCUCUCCCCCCACUUCACGGGAAACCUGCGGAGGCAGCUCUACUACGGGUGGAUAGCCCCGACGUGCGCACCCGACGCGGCGGCGCACGCCACGCGCUGGUGGGACAGGGGCACGGCGUGCGUCCGGUGCCAGGCGCCGCACUCGGUACUCACGGAUCAGGGGUUCGUGACGGGCCGCGACGACACGGUCGACGACCUCUGCCACCAGCCCGACCUGGCCUACCUGAGCGGCUUCGUCGCGGCCCCGACGUCGGCCACGACCAAGAGGCUGCUCCCCAUCUUCAGCCAGUCCCGCGUCGGGGGCUUCUCCGAUAUCCUCUUCCCCUCUCCGUGGAACUACGUCGGUAAGUCGCCAUACGACGAGUCGGACGACGUCGACUGGCCGCACAAGACCAACGCGCUGUUCUGGCGGGGGUCGAGCAGCGACGGCUUCACCUUCCACGGCUUGUGGACGGGAUUCCAGCGGACGCGUCUGGUCAACGAGGGCAGCCAGCAGCCGCCGUCGCCGUCGUCGUCGGGUCUAGGGGUGAACGUCUCAUUUUCCGGUGACAUAAUCAAGUGCCACGGGGGCGACUGCCGGGCCCAGCUCGACACCUUCCGUCGAUGGGGCGAGACCAUGCGGGGGUCCGAGGAUGCUGCUGCUCCUGCUCAGGGUGACUCGUCACCCUUGCCUGAGCGUACACCGUUUGAGGACAGCUGGAACUACCGCCACCUGAUCGACAUGGACGGCGCCGGCUUCAGCGGGCGUCUGAUCCCGUUCCUCCAGAGCAAGAGCCUCGUGUACCGCUCCGCGCUGUUCAAGUCGUGGUUCGACGAGCGCCUCUUCUCCUGGCACCACUACGUGCCCGUCGACGUGCGACUCGGCCGUGGCUUCUGGUCUCUGGUGCGCUACCUGGCCAGCCGCGGCGACGUCCAGACCAUGGGCAGCACGGUGAGCCAAGACGCCGGCCAGACGGGCGACGAUAUAGCCCAGUCCAUUGCGAGGCGGGGGAGGGCCUGGGCCCACAAGGCGCUCAGACCGGAUGACAUGCAGGUGUACAUGUUUCGUCUGCUGCUGGAAUGGGGACGCAUUGUAGACGAUGACAGGGAACAGCUUGGUUACGGAAGCCCGGGUCCAUGA